AGAAGAACAUCUGCAAUCUCUCCCUGAAAUCAGGAGCGCACGGAGCGCGCGGGGCGCACAGCGCACUGCCGAGGCCACUGGUGAAGUUGUGAAAGCGGAAGGAUCCUGUUUCCACAGCCGACCACCUCCUCGGUUCUUCUUCUAGUUCUGGAUUAUCAGCGCAGAUUUUGGGACCGAGAUGAGAUAGAGGCAGAGGCAGCUCCUCCAGCCUGCACCAUCGUCCAGCGUCUGCGCUUUGGAGACGAGAAAAGAAACUGUGGAGAAAGUUUUCUUUUUCUUCUCAAACGGCUUCAAAAGACGGAGAGGGGAGGAUGUGAUCUCCCUCUUCGUCGCACAUCUGCAUCUGUGAUCUGAUUCUCCCCCCACCCCCCUGAGGAUGAGCCCAGCUGUGGUUUGAUCUCGUUCUUUUUAAAACUUUAUUUGACUGUGAAGUCGGACGGAAGCUCGGAGCUGACCCUGAUAUGGGAGACUUGAGGCGUUCGCAUCUGUCGCGUUAACUAACAGGGAUGGGACGCUCUGCUCUGCUCACAUCGCUGCUCGCCGGAGUCUUCCUGUGGAUUUCUGCUGUUCAAGCAGAUGACAGGAUGCUGCUGUGUACGUGUGAGAAUGACAAAGGCACGUGUCAGAAUGGGACCUGCGAAGGAGACUACUGCUUCUACAGCUGGGUGCGCGGCGUGGAGGAGCGCGGCUGCUUCUUCAAAAACAACUACAGGGAGCAGUGCUUCUCUGCCGUCGAGCGCCUCUACGUUCACUGCUGCAAAGAGCACAAGUGCAACGCUUUCAGCACGCCGCCACCAAACAUCGACAGGAAGCCGACCAGCGCCCCUCCGGGCCUGCCUCGUCCUGAGCUGUGGGUCGCCGUGUCUCUGGUGCUCCUCUUGAUGACCGUGUGCGUCUGUGGCUUCGUGGUAUUCCUGCGCUUCCGACGAGCACCCUGGAAACCGAAAGACGCCGAAGACCAUGACACCACCAUGCUCAAGAUCCCUAGCGGAGACGACCCCACGUAUGGAGAUAUCUUUGAUGAGUUUUGUACAUCGGGGAGCGGGACCGGGCUUCCAUAUCUGGUCCAAAGGACGAUGGCCAGGCAAAUCUCUCUUGCUGAGUGUGUCGGUAAAGGAAGAUAUGGAGAGGUGUGGAGGGGAACGUGGAUGGGGGAGAGUGUCGCUGUAAAGAUCUUCUCCUCCAGAGACGAGCAGUCCUGGUUCAGAGAGACCGAGAUCUACAAUACCGUGCAGCUGCGACAUGACAACAUACUGGGCUUCAUAGCCUCUGACAUGACUUCCAAGAAUUCCAGCACCCAGCUGUGGCUCGUCACGCACUUCCACGAGCUGGGCUCGCUCUACGACUUCCUGCAGUACAGCAGCCUGGAGCCCGAGAGCUGCCUGAGGAUGUGUCUGUCCGUGGCCUGUGGUCUGGUCCACCUCCACACUGAGAUCGUCAGCUCCCAGGAGAAGCCAGCAAUCGCCCACCGAGAUCUGAAAAGUCGCAACAUCCUGGUAAAGCGGAACGGACAGUGCUGCAUCGCUGAUCUGGGUCUGGCUGUGAUCCACUCACAGUCUCAUGACUAUCUGGACGUGGGCAACAACCCUCGGGUGGGGACCAAGCGCUACAUGGCGCCUGAAGUGCUGGAUGAGACCAUCCGUGUGGACGUUUUCGAGUCAUAUAAGCAAACAGACAUCUGGGCUCUGGGCCUGGUCUUCUGGGAAAUUACCCGCAGGACCAUUGUUAAUGGAAUCGUGGAAGAGUAUCGUCCUCCCUUUUUCGACGUGGUGCCCUCAGAUCCCAGCUUCGAGGAGAUGAAGAAGGUUGUGUGUGUGGAUCAGCAACGGCCCAGUCUGCACAACAGACUUCACUCCCACCCGAUACUGUCAGCCAUCGUAAAGAUCAUGAAGGAGUGUUGGUACCAGAACCCCCCGGCCCGCCUCACCGCCCUACGGGUGAAGAAGACCCUCUCCAAACUGGAUCAUGACAGCUACUUCAGCAUCGAGAAGCUCAAGCGGGACAUUUAGAGCCGCUCCAGCAGAAGACUCCAGAUCGCAACAGAGCGAGUUGCAUGUCAUUAGCAUGCAUUCAGCUAAUGCCUCACACAGGGAAAACUUUAUAUUAAAACCAGAAGACUUUUAGCAACACCCUCUCUUAUGUUUUCCCUGGACAAAGUUCACCCACCAUAUUUUUUUUGCCAGAAACUUUGUUUAAUUUUUUUUUUCUAGGAUUUAGUGAUGAAAGUGUUGACCUGGCUUUUCUGCAGCACUUUAUAAACAGCAAUUAAUAUUUGUGGUAAUUUUUAUAAAACACAUAUAUGUUAAACAAUGGAAUGUUUAGUAUUGCACAAAAAAGGGAGUUCUGACACACAGUAAAAUUAUUUUUGACACAAUAUUCAAAGCCAAUUAACAGCACAAGAGUUUCAUUGUUAAGUAUGUGAGUGAUAAUUUACUCAAUAAAUGUAAAGCAUUUAUUAUCUGCACAUUGAGCUUUUUAGUUGUACAUAUUGUAACAGCACUCAAUGUGUUUUUCCGUGCCUCACCAUUGUAAAUAUAUUUCAAAAGGAGAUAUUGUUUUCUAUUAUUCAACGAUGAGACACAUUUGAUUUUUUUUUUUUUUUUUUUUUUUUUGUCACACAGCUUUUGCAAACUAUUUUUUUACUUCUAUUUUAGGCCUAAAAUGUACCAUCACAAUCACUCUGGUCGGUAAAGGAAUAUACAAAGAUACAUGUAAUGAUUUAUAUCUUGAAUAAAGGGCUGUAUUUUUCAAACGAUUUGCGCGCUUUCUUGCAAUUCCAACAUCGGCCAGCAGAGGUCAUCAGAUAACAGACAAAUGGGAAUUAAAAGGCCUGCUGAGGCUCUGCCUGACAAGCUGUUUACCAUUGUACUUUAAUAUGUACUACAGUGUCUGAAAAUCAUUAUAAAACUUGAAAAUUUAUUAAAUUUAAGACAUCAUUCUCAUAUUAUCUACAUAGGCUACAGUAAAUUGUAUGAUUACAAUAAACUACAUUAACGAUGACCUAUAACUGCACGUUCACACACAGUAAAUAUUUCAUCAAUCACAUUGUGAGCAAUUAAUCCAAGAAAGCAAUUGAUAAAAGUAUGGAGGACUGAGAAUAUCAAUGAAAGAAAAACACUUUUUUCAAAAACUCAAAAAAAAAAAAAACCUUACACUAAUUGUUUUACUAUGACCUCUUAAAAAAAAAAAAAAAAAAA